GAAUAUCCAAGACCAGCAUUCGAGUUCACACCUAUUACGGACGAAAGAAUCAGGAGCACCAUAGCGAAGCUGCAGCCACACAAGGCCCCCGACACUGACAAGUUCUCUAACGCUAUCCUCAUAAACUGCGCUGACGCCCUCAUACCUAGACUAGGACCACUCUUCAGAGCGGUACACACGCUGAAAUACUGGCCAGAACAAUGGAAGUUUAUUGUGAUCAUAGUACUUUGA